GUUGGGCUUGCGGGGCUUGUUGGGCUUGUGGGGCCGGGGCGGACGCCAUGGGCCGCCUGUACUGCACGCAAGACCCUGUGCCCGAGGCUGUGGGCGGCGACAUGCAGCAGCUGAACCAGCUCGGCGCGCAGCAGUUCUCAGCCCUUACAGAAGUGAUUUUCCACUUCCUAGCUGAGCCAAAAGAGGUGGAAAGGUUUCUGGCUCAGCUCUCUGAAUUUGCCACCACUAAUCAGAUCAGUCUUGGCCCCCUCAGAAGCACCGUGAAAAGCCUCCUGCUGGUCCCAAAUGGUGCCCUAAAGAAGAGUCUCACAGCCGAGCAGGUCCGGGCUGAUUUCAUAACUCUGGGUCUUAGUGAGGACAAAGCCACUUACUUUUCUGAAAAGUGGAAACAGAAUUCCCAGACCCUUGCUCAGUGGGCCAUAGGUCAGACUCUGAUGAUUAACCAGCUUAUAGAUAUGGAGUGGAAAUUUGGAGUGACAUCUGGGAGCAGUGAAUUGGACAAAGUGGGAAGUAUUUUUUUACAAUUAAAGUUGGUGGUUAAAAAAGGAAACCAAACUGAAAAUUUGUAUAUAGGUGAGUCCAGAUUCCCAUUUGAGCCUUUUUACGUUUUCCAUGUUCUCUUUAAUCAGUGGGCUCACGAAGUCCACCACAAAUCAUCUCUACCAGAAAAAAAAUUCAUAACUGAGCCAUGGAGUAGCUAUUCCAUUGCCUUUCUUCUCAUAAAAGAUAAUAUGAGGAUCCUUAAUAAGCCAUGGGCAGGGCGGAGACACUACAGUUGAAGAGCCUUUUGAAAAAGGGAAAUGGGGGGAAGGAAUGGCUGAGAUUGAAGGUUUCAGAAGCUCUUGCUGUAGAAGUCACAUUGAACAUCCUGAGUGAUACCCUUUCAUCUCCUUGUGCUGCAGAGUUAUGCCAUUUACACCCUUUUUUAAAGGAGCUGGGAGCCUUCUGUGUUCAAGGCUCUCAGUUCUUUAUCAUGAUCGAUUACCCUCCAAGAGCUGCUCAGCUGUACUAAGCCAAAAAAAAAAAAAUGGGAA